GAUUAAUUUGCUAUUACUGCGUAGCAAAGAUUUUGCAAAUGCACCUACAGAAAAUAAACAAGUUUUCGCGUGUAGGAAAGACACAUUUAGAAAAUUCACGAACAACAUGAGUUCUGCAGGUAGUGGUCAAGUUUUAAUGCCGGUGGAGGCUGAGGCAGGUGUAGAAUCGUUGAAACAAUACGCAUUGAAGGAUAUCGGAGGCCCACAGUGGUCUGUUCAACAUGAAGUAAUAGAGAAGCUCAACAUGCAGGCAAUUGUGAAUGCCAGCAACCAGGAAGAUGAGUUUGUCAAGGAUUUCCUCAUCUCGUGUGAUAAGUUAUCUGUGCUGAUAUAUGAUUUACUGGCAACGGAAGUGUGGAAGGAGAAGAUAUUCUCAGAAAUCCUCAACAUAGAUGGCUUUGAACCAAAGACAACAUUUCCACUUUAUAUGGUGUUAUACCACGAGGCGACGGUAAUUAACCUCCUGGAGACAACUAUGUUCUAUCGAGAAGUGUGCGAGGCUACAGAGGACAAUGUUCUUGAUCUGGUUGACUACUGCUACAGGAAACUCACACAGCUUGUUGCAAGGAAUGAGGAAACAGAAGAAGUGAAGGACGAGGCUAUUGAAGUCACUGACUCUGUAUCAGCGAUGGCGCAUGCAUCCAAUAUAGAGGAACUGGAAAAGCAGGACAGAAGAUUGAACUUUGAGAUCUGUAUAAAGGCUGUGUCAUUGCUGAGAUAUAUUAUUGAUCACUUAGAAAGUUUACCCCUGAGCGCCAUGACGAGGCUGUUGAACACUCAUGAUAUCCCACAGUUGUUAGUGGAGCUGAUUGAGUGCCCACCCUGGUCACACAGGAAAAAUGGUAAACAAUACAAGUACAUUGAUGGAAAAUGGGUCUAUGUGGAUUUUGCAGACAGUUUGAAGUUGACAAAAAUUGAAGGACAGGUCUGGUUGUCCAUAUUUCAACUCCUCAUGUCACAGUCGUGCCAACAGAAAUAUGAGCUUGACACUUACAGAAAGAACACUAUCCUCAAGCUGCGUGCGUUCCUCACUGAGCCCAUGCUGGACCAGAUCCCAGCCCUUGGGGAACUACAACGCUACCUGGAACACCUGUCCAUGAUGGAUCCACCUGCACCGCGCCGGGAGGUGAUACUGGAACAGGUUCCAGAAGUGAGGGACACAAUCUUACGCAGCAAUGCUGGAAAGUGGAGAAAGAUUGCCAAGAAGCAAAUCAAAUCUUUCUUUGAUCCAUCAACAAGUGAUCUGAAAAUGCAGGCAAAAAGAUGGGCAGACACGUACAACUUUGAUGUGAUAGAAGGCCUGUUGUCUGACCCACCCAAGUGUGCAAGGUGUGGGGAGGACGCCAGCAAGAGAUGUUCCCGCUGUCAGAACGAGUGGUACUGUGGAAGGGAAUGCCAGGUGAGCCAUUGGUCCAAACACAAACAGGCAUGUGACCUGAUGUUCAACUCCAUCAACAAACUGAAGGAACAGCAAACACUGGCUGUGGCCACAUAACAGUUGGCAAACCAAUGUGACAUACCAAUAUUUGUUUGGACAGUGAACACUUAUUUAUAAAUUUACAAAUUUAUUUGUGAAAGUUUGUUUUUGUAAGAAAAAUGAAGUUCGUUAUAAAUAUCAACAUAUAUGUAAGAGCAAGUGAUCAACACAUGAAGAUGAACUGGUCACAUGUCUAUAACCACGUCUAGUUGACUUAAAAUAUACACGAGGAAGUUAAAGAUAUUUUAUUUUGAACAGCUAUUUAUUACAAACCACAACCCCUCAUGGCACAGUUGAUAGCGUACUGGUGUUGUAGGAGUUGUGUGUCUCUUGGUAACAGUUGACACCCUGCUGGGGGCAUGCAAAACUCAGUUGCAACCAAGUGGUGUUUUAAGACCCCACCUGGGUUUGAAGAGGUGGCAGGGAUGACAAACACCGCAAUUUGAUUAAAAAGUAUAUAAAUGUAUUGAAAUCUC